CCAUGCUUCGUCCUUUUCCCGCGAGUCUUAAUGGUAAUCUCGUCCAAAGGCCCAAUGAGAUCGCCGGUGAUGGUAAGCGGAGGAGGAAGAGGAGGAGAGACACCACAGCCCACCCACCGGAGUACAAGCAGCGGCGGCGGCGGAGGGCGUGGCGGGAGCGAGAUAUUCAUCUGUUUCACUGCCCGGCCGUCCACCUCCAUGCGCGCCCCGUCGGCGAGGUCGCUCCCGAGCCCCGGCCGCAACCACCGUGACCCGGCGGCGCCGCCGCUGUCUGCGUCGCUGAGCAGGAGGCUGAGGAGUAGCGGGAGCCUCAAGGGCGGGCAAUCCCCGAUGUUUCCGGCACGGAAAGGUUGCGCCUUUCGAGCCGCGGAGCCCUCCUCCCCCAAGGUUACGUGCAUUGGCCAAGUUAGGGUUAAAUCCAAGGCAAAAAACCAUGGGGAAGGGGAGGCGUUGACGUCCAGGUCGGAUAUUUUGAGGAGAAGACAGGAGGGGAAGAACGGCACUGGAGAAGAGGAGAGGGAAUGCUCGAGAAACCAGAGUUGGGUUUAUCAGCUCCCUACCAGCAUCCUUGAGGCACUGAGGGCAAUUGGAUCGGAGUUCAAUUGCUUUCUCCCCUGCGGAAGGCGCAGAUCUCCGUGCCUUUCGUCGUCGAGGGCGAGGGAGGGGAAGGGAGUAGUAGAACGAAGAGGGGAGAAGAGGUCGGCAAGUUCUUGCGGAGUGGUGUUUGCAAGGUGGCUGAUGGCGAUAGAGGAGAGCGAGGAGAGGAAGGGAGGGGAGAUGUUAGGUAUGGUGGUUGGGGAGAGGGAGAAGGGGGAGCUGGAUUUGGUGUUGAGGGAGAGGGAGAAUAGUGAAGCGAAGGUGGAGGAGGUGGGGAAUGAGGGAUGGGUGGAAGAAAAGGAAGAGGUGAUGGUGGUGAAGGAGGAGGUUGUCUGUGUUCCGCCAAAGAAUGCUCUUUUGCUCAUGAGGUGCAGAUCUGAUCCGGUAAAAAUGGCAGCUUUGACUUCCCGGUUCUUUGGAUCUACUGCUACAAAUGUUCAAGCGGAAGAGGAGGAGGAGGAGGAGGAGGAGGAGGGUGAUGGAAAUGAGGAAAGAAAAGAAGUUGGGAAGCACCUUGUAGCAGAGGAGGCUGGAGAAGGAGAUGGACAAGAGUCGAACGACGAAGUGGAAGCCGAUGCUGAAGAAUUUUCUCAGGGAACGGGGAAAGCAGAGAGAAGGGAUUGUGAAAAUCAGAGAAGCUUGGAAGGAGUAUUUCUAUCUGUAUCAGUGACAGAGGAGGAGGGCGCUUCGGAAGAUAGAGGGUGUGUGGAAGAAGAGAAAGGAAUCAAAGAAGCAGGAUUUUCAGAUGAAUCUCUACUUAGCGACCCAAACGAAGUAGGGGAAGCACCAGAAACCGAGUUACAAGAAAAGCAAUACGAGAAAGUUUUAAAUGAUGAGGCCGUUUCGCUCGAAAGAGGAGAAGAGAAAGAAGAGGAAGAUAUGAAAGGAAAAGAAUCCAGUAGCUGCUCUUCCCAAUACAAUAAAGGGAAGGAAGAAAUGGUGGUCAAAAAAGAGAGAAAAGAAACUAGAUGCAAUAAAGAAGCAAUGAGACGCAGCAGUUCAUGCAAAGAGAAGGAGAGAAGAAGGUAUAGCUUUUCCACAGAAGGGGAGGCAAGGAGACACAGUUCCGCCACCUUGAGAGAUGCAAGGAGAGCCAGCAUCUCUACAGACAAAGAAGGGAGGAUCUGCUGGAGCUUUGUCAUUGACGGGGAAGAGAUAAAAGUGAGAUCAGAAGAAUUAGCAGCCGAGGCGGAAAGGGAAAACAAGAAAGAACAAUUCCCAAAGGAGGAGGAAAUAAGAAAAGCUGCGGAGGUUGAGAAAUUCAAGACCACAAGAGAAGCUCGACUGGUGCCUGAAGAAAGAAGAGAAGAGGAGGAAGCAGGUGGAGGAGAAAGAGAAGAGGAGGAGAGGGAAGAGUUAUCGGAUUGUCUUUUGUUAAUGCCGUUCGAGCACAAGCUAUCGAUGGAGGUCUCAAGGGGGACGUGGGUCUGCAGCACUGACUUCCUCCAUGGUCAUCGUCAUCACCAUGGUCAUCCACCUAAAGGAGGGACAACCAGAGCAUCCAAAGUUGAUGAUGGGAGGUGUGUCAAAGUUGAUGAGGUUGGUGAUGGGAGGUGUGUUGAGAGCAAGGAGGUGAUCGAAUCCAUGGAGUCGAGCCCCCGACAUCUACCACCUCCGCGACCAAAGCCACCCUUGCCAUCAGCUGUUGAAGAGACACUAUUGAGCGGUGUUGCUGCUGCUCUGGUGCCAGCGUUCGAGCCAUUUGUGCUCACACGGUGCAAGUCCGAGCCAGCGAGGCCAUCAGCAUAAGACCAGUUGGUGCUAUUAGCUUCUAAGCCUAUUGCUAAUGGGUGCUUUUUUAGACUCUUUGUUGUAAGUGCUUUUGAUGAUGUGUUGUUGUAUGAUAAUAGAUGUUUUUUUACCAAUGAACAGAAUAGAGUUCCCUUUUUCUUCCCUUUGUUUUUAGAAACCAGAGCUUACUGUUAUUAAACCUUUUCGAUUUCCAUGCCAUCAUGAACUUCUUAGGAAUUCACCUCCACCUCC